CGUCAAACAUUUGUCAGAGUACAUCCGUCACAUCUCAAUCAACUAAAAAUGACUACGAAAGAACUAUUACUGAGCCCUGUUGCGGAACCAGCAAAAGAUGCCGGAGACCGAAUCACAGUUGUAGGUGUGGGAGCUGUAGGAAUGGCAUGCGCCUUCAGCAUUCUCUCUCAGGGAUACUCAAGUGACAUAGUUCUGAUAGACGUGGUGGAAGAAAAGCUUAAAGGAGAAAUGAUGGACCUGCAGCAUGGCUCGUUGUUCCUGAGGAAUCCUAGAAUAAACGCUAGUACAGACUACGCUGCAUCAGCCGGUUCGAAGAUCUGCAUAGUGACAGCCGGGGCGCGACAACAAGAGGGCGAAACCAGGCUGGAUCUAGUACAACGCAACACGGACAUCAUGAAACACAUCAUCCCCCCGUUGGUGAAACACUCACCCGAUACUAUCCUGUUGAUCGUGAGCAACCCUUGCGAUAUCCUGUGCUACGUCGCAUGGAAGCUCAGCGGCCUGCCUCAGAACAGAGUCAUCGGCUCAGGCACCAACCUGGAUACCUCCCGGUUCAGGUUCCUGAUCGCAAGCAGACUGGGUAUCGCGCCGACCAGUGUGCAUGCUUGGAUCAUCGGCGAGCACGGAGACAGCAGCGUGCCCGUAUGGUCCGGUGUAAAUGUAGCGGGAGUGAGACUGCGUGAUAUCAACCCAGAUAUUGGAACCGAUCACGAUAAAGAAAAUUGGAAAGAACUACACGAAAAAGUAGUCAGUGCAGCGUAUGAGGUGAUCAAAUGCAAAGGAUACACUAACUGGGCUAUAGGUCUAUCUGUGUCCGCUCUGGUCUACACGAUGCUGAAAAAUAUAAAUGGUGUCCACGCUGUAUCCACGUAUGUCAGGGGUUUGCAUGAAGGCUUAGACUAUGAAGUGUUUCUGUCUGUACCGUGCUCGUUAGGCAAGAACGGUAUUACCAAUGUCAUGAAACAAAACCUGACCCCGAGCGAACGAUGCUCUCUAAAAUUCUCAGCUUCUGCUAUGGCGCAAGUUCAGCAAGGAAUCAAGUUCUAGCCUGAAACUCAUAACUUUGUUUUUCUGAAAAUCUAAGAUGUGAUAGAUGAACUAGGUCUGUUCAAUAAAG